GCUCCUGUGGCCAGGGCCAACUCAUUCAAGAGUGAUGACUCUAUAGGACAAGGGACAGAGUUAAAAAGAAAAGAUGGUUCACAACUGGACCAUGCUGGAGCUCAGUGGUUAACACCAGGACUCAGAAAGUAUUUCUGUGAUCUCACUCUGGAUCCAAACACAGCUCACAGAAAACUCAAACUGUCUGACAACAACAAGAAGGUGACACAUGUGACAGAGGAGCAGCCGUAUCCAGAUCAUCAGGACAGAUUUGAAAACUGUUUUCAGAUUCUGUGUUCCACUGGUCUGACUGGUCGCUGUUACUGGGAGGUCCAGUGGAGUGGAAAUGUUGAUGUGUCAGUGUCUUACAGAGGAAUCAGAAGAAAAGGACACAGUAAUGACAGUUGGUUUGGACACAAUACAAAGUCCUGGAGUCUGAUCUGUUUUCUAAAUGGUUUCUGUUCGUAUCAUAAUAAAAAAAUAACCCUCCUCCCUCAGCCCUGGUCCUCCUCUUAUGGGAGAGUAGCAGUGUUUUUGGACUAUGAUGCUGGCUCUCUGUCCUUCUACACAGUCUCCUCUGACCAACUGACCCACCUCCACACCUUCAACACCACAUUCACUCAGCCGCUGUUCCCUGGGUUUAGACUCUGUUCUUCUGACUCCUCAGUGUCUCUGUGUCCGACAGACUCACCCUCCUCUGUGUAAAAUACAACAGUCAAAUCUGUAGAAAAAUCACUUUGUAAAUGUUGAUUUUAUUUACUUUUUUUUUUUUUUAA